AUGUUUUUUGUAAUUUAUCAUUAUUGGCCUGGUCAAAGUCAAUUUUCAACUUCAUUGUCAUCAAAUUCAAAAAUUUAUUAUUCUUCAGUUAAAAGUUUAGUUCUUAAUUAUAAUAAUAAUAAUAAUAAUAAUAAUAAUAAUAAUAAUAGUAGAAAAAUGCAUGAUAAAGCUCAAGGACCAUCAACAUGUUUAAUUAUAAUUCGUUCAGCUGAUGGAGCUCUUGGAAAUCGAAUGUUUUUAUUUGCUAGUGCUUAUGGUCUAGCACGUCUUCAUCAAUGUCAGUUAUAUGUAGCACCAUGGAUUUUAGCGGAUCUUCGAUCAGUAUUCCUUAUUCAAAUGCAACAAACAAAAGUUCACUUAACAACAGAUAAUUCUCUUGUUAUUAAUCGAACUGAUAUUUUUGGACGAUACAGUGCAUGUACUUUAUAUAGUGAUUUAUUUAGAAUUCCAUUCAAUUCAACUUUUAAUCGAUAUGAAAUGAUUGGAUUUUAUCAAGCAUAUGGAUAUUUUGAAAAAUAUAGAGAAGAAAUUGCAUUUUUAUUUCAAUUUAAUCAAGGAGCUAUUAUUAGAAAUAUACAAUUAGUUGAACAACUUCUUAAAGCUGUUUGGAAUAUCUCAUUCAAUUGGGGUAAUUAUACAAAAGAUAAUAUUACACAUCCAUAUUUAAAAUCUCUUCUUAUUAAUCCUCCAGCACCAUUAAUACCUAUAACUUGGAUUGGAAUUCAUAUUCGUCGAACUGAUUUUUUAAGUUUUUUUCGAAUCGAUACAAGUAUUGAAUAUCUUACUUGGGCAAUGAAUUAUUAUCGAAGAAAAUAUAUUAAUUGUCGUUUUUUAUUUGCAAGUGAUGAUAAAAAAUAUGUUAAAGCAAAUUUUGGAAAUCUUUCCGAUAUAUUUAUAACACCAACAGGCUUUUUUUCAGGUGAAGAUUUAGCUGCAUUAGCUUUAUGUGAACAUACAAUUGCUACAGCUGGAACUUAUAGUUGGUGGGCAGCUUGGUUAGCUGGUGGAGAUGUUAUUCAUGAUCUUAAUUAUCCAGUACCAUUUCAAAAUUGUAUUAAAGAACAUUAUUUUCCACCUUGGUUUCUUUUUCCAUAUAAUAGUUCAAGUUUACAAUGGAAACCACCAACUUAA